CCACCUGUUCGCCAGGCUCUCAGGGAGCUGAGCUGCCUGGAACAGCGUGUAGCUGGCUGGUUCCCACACAGCGCAUGCUGGUCCAAAAGAAUCUGCCCUGAAAUCCAUGGGAACAAGGGCGAGCAAUCAGCAAGCUGGAGAAAGCAAAAUUAGAAGCCGGGAGAGGGUCCCCACCCAAGGUGGCUCCCAGGCAGGAAUGGGGGAGGGCGAGCCUGGGGCUGAGAGCGAACUCUGGCUGGCUGUGAGGACUGGCGAGGGGUCAGGGCGGCCUGUGGCAGGGGAUGGUGCGCAGUGCAUCAGGCAUAGCCGAGUGCCACAGGGCUGUCAUCCAGCCUGGAGGGAUGGUGGAGGCAGGUGGCCGGGGAAUGAAUGAGCAGUUGAUUUGCAUUCUUCGCAGGAAUGAACGGCCUGGGCUGGGAGGGCAAGCUUCCAGGCUGACUGUAGGGGGCAGAAGGGCUCUGGCUGCAAGGCCUGGCUGUGGGGGUGGACAUGCAGGAGAGCAGCCCACAAUCGGCCAUCUGCCUCCUGGGCACCCCCCUCUGGUUCCAGGGCUCCUCCCAGGCCGGCAGGGCCCCUGAUGGUGGAGCUCCCCAGAGUGUGGAUUGACAGGGGCCCAGGUACUUGUGCGUUGCUCUCCAGCUUGGCUCUUGCACUGCGGGAAGGCCCCCUCCCCCUGCAGCUGGUGCCCCCUUGGGGAACUGUUGCGCCUGUGCCUUCACCCGGGGCUCCAGGCACAGCUGAGCUAUGCCAAGCCCAUCUGUUCUGAGAGUCCGAGACAUGCGGUCUCAGAACUCACGGGAGGAGGCAGAGAAGAAGAGGAUCAAGUGAACCACAGAAAACUCUGGCCUGGGACUCAGGAAAUCUGUGUAACCUCGAGCAACUCCUCCCUCUCUGGGCCCUUCUGGGCCUCAGUUUCCUCCUCAGUACAAUCUGGGGUUCAGACUAGGUCACUUCAGGGGGCCUUGAAGCAGGGAUUCAGGAUGUGGACAGUGGAAGGCAACAGGGAACAGGGGAUAGGGCUGACAAACUUGGCCAGAGAGGAGGGUGCAGGCUGCAGAAUCGGAGGAGACAUCUUCAACACCUUCACCCCAGCCUGCCCGAGACACUAAGGAAAGCAGCACUUCUCCCAGUAAGCACAUACUGGGCCGAAGAAAACCAGCUGGGAAGGCGAGCUCUGACUCCAUCCCCUCGAUCCAGCCCUCCCAGGAGUUCAGAACCUGGGGGGUGAGGACUCUCCCUUCUGCCUCUCUAAGACCGGACCUUAUUUCGAGAAGGGUGGCCCAGAAAGACAGCAAGGGGAAGGGGCCCCAGAGCAGGCAGAGGGAGAGAGGAAGAAUUCCGGUUCAUCAAGCAGAGGUAUGCGAAUGGAGACCCCCCCCCAAAAGAGGAGGGGAAACAGCAGGAUCAGAAUGAGUGACAGAUCUGAUUCGACAGUCAGCCUGGCUUCGCCUCUAUCCUCCAGCCAGCUGCUGCUUUUAGCCCCAGCCCUGGUGCAGUCCAUCAGAGUCCCUACCUCCCUGAAAGCUGCUGGGCUCUAUUUGAGAGCCAAGAGCAUCUAAAGGUAAGGUAUGAGGUUGAAGGCCUUAGGCCCACUGAUACUCAAAUGUUCAAUGAUCCUGCAGAUUGGUUGGGAAUGGGAGGUGAGAUGAAGACUUCUCUUGCUGCUGCUGGGGGCUACCCCUGGGCCCAGCUGAAGUUAAGGAGGAAGACCUACAGAGACAUGUGCAGCUGGCUUGGGAGGGAGGCACAUGCUGGCUACGCCUGUGUACACGCUUCAACACCCACCCCACACUUCACCCAUGUGUGCGGACAUGCGGGAACUGCAUGAACAUGCACAGUCUCACACACACACUGCAUGUGUGCAUAGUCACCAGGGCACACACACAGAUUUACACAUAUCUCGGGACCCUCCCAAAAUCAAAGAAACCACACAAAGAACUCUCUUACAUCUAUAGUCAUCUGUUUCUAAAAAGCUGCAUUUCCAAGCGUCUACUUUAAGACUCUAUCUUCUUUUUUCUGUGAUAUGUCAAAUCGUAAGCCAUCUCCAGAUGGACUAAGAAUGGCUGGGAAGGGAUGUGCCACAUUCAUUUCUGUCCUCCCAGAGGCAAGUCCCUCCCAUAAGUGUUGGUUGGGGGAUUUUUUUGGUACUGGGGAUUGAACUCGGGACAUUUUGCUCGCAAGGCAGGCAGCAGCACCACUGAGCUAAAUCCCCAGGCCUCCCAUAAGUGUUUGAGGAGUAGCAAGCCUACGCCGGGUGUCUGUCUGCGUGCACUGUGGGGUGGAUACCUGAACACCGGCAUCAAGUGCCACAGAGGAGGGCUAGAGACGCCUCUAGGUGCAGCCCCAGCUUUUCGGGAGCCUUUGGGUGGAUGGGGCCACUGAGAAAGUGAGCGUGAUGAAUGGCAAGAGCCUUCGAGGGCGCAGUGGGAGGCAGGGCAAGUUUGAAAGCUGUUCCCACAAAGCUUGAGAAAGCUCCAACCAACCGCUGCCCCUCCUCCUGCCCACUGCCUAGGGCUGCGCAUUCUCAACCCAGCCCCCCUAGCCCCCCAUGAGGCUCUCGGCUUACCUGAGAGUGCUGAGCCUGGUGCUGCAGGACACAGGGCCAGCUUCUGUCCCAGAGGAGAGGAAGAGGAGAGAAGAGCCAAGCCAUGGCGAAGACGAUGCCUAUGGAGCCCUGCAUGUGGGGAACCAUGGCCCGAGCCUGGACGACUCCAGUGAGGGCAGUGCUGAGGACCCCGAAGACCCUGAGGACCAGCUCCCUGAGGUUAGAGUGACCAGGCUAACUCCUCCAAGCAGGAUCGGUCCCACCCAGAACACUAUAGCUACAAGAACAUCCAACCCCGUGAUGACCAGGGCUACUUUGCCAACUAUGCCAAGCUUACUGGGCUCCCCAACCAGCCAGGGGCUGCCCACCUGGCUGCUCUGUGUGUGCCUCGGUUCCUCCAUAUACUUUGACGACACCGACCUGGCGAACAUCCCUCCUCUCCCACCGAUGACCACCUACCUGUAUGCUCGCUUCAACCACAUCAGCCAUAUCAGGGCCGGAGACUUCACAGGGCUGACAAAGCUGAAGAGGAUUGACCUCUCCGGCAGCAUCAUCUCCUCCAUCGAUAACGAUGCCCUCCACCUGCUGCCGGCCCUGCAGGAACUGAUCCUGUCGGAGAACCAGCUGGCAGCUCUGCCCAUGCUGCCCCCAGGCAUUGAGCUGCUGGAUGUCUGCCUGAAUCGUCUCCGGAGCUCAGGGAUACAGCCUGGGGCUUUCAGGGCCCUGGAGAAGCUGCAGUUCCUCUAUCUGGUGGACAACCUGCUGGAUUCUGUCCCCGGGCCUCUGGCCCUGAGCCUGUGCUUGCUACAUCUGCAGAAUAACGUGAUAGAGACCCUGGCGAGAGGCACCCUCUGUGACACCAAGGAGCACAGACACACCCGCAGGCGGCUGGAAGACAUCUGCCUGGACGGUAACCCUGUCAACCUCAGUCUCUGCCCGGGCACCGACUUCUGCCUGCCCAGGCUCCCCACUGGCCGCUUCACCUAGCCCCAGUGUCCUGUCCUCUCCUCCCAGGUAGAGCCCACCGAGGGCACAUGGCGCCCUGUCCCCCAAGUCUAAGCAGCACUAGACAGCCUCGUGAUCCAGUUGCAAAAUCACCACCUCAGUCCCUGCACACACACACACACACACACACACACACAGACACACACACUGCGACGCCCUGUCCUUCAGUAGCCAGAUUUGCGUUUCCCUCUCCUCUUUCCUUAACACCUUAUGUCUCCUGGCUCCGGGCAGAGCGGCGUCUGCAGUAGAGCUCUUUUUCAUAUUCCCCAUCCCUCCUGCCCACACAGAGUGCCAGGAAAGCCAGGAAAGAGGAGGAGGACGAGGAAGAGGCAGAGGGUGGAGAGGGCAGGGGAGAAGAGGCCAGCGGUGCUCUGGAGCCAGCUGUUAGCUGUGGGGCUUGCAAGAACUGAUUAUCAUAUUUUCUAGAAUCUUGCAAGUCAGUUGUUAGACAUAGCUGUUACGGAGAAGCAAAUUAUAUAACCUCACCAUUAAAUAUAUUGAAAACAAAUGUAAUAAAUACUCAAAACUCAUCACUUCCUAAUCAUCUUACUGUCUUUUGCUGUUGAACAUGCUCCUGAAGUUACUUAUGUCCACGGCACCUGUGUGGUGGAAAUUCAAUCUAAUGGUCUGCUACUUAGUAUCUCUUCCCUGUUCUUGUUCGGUAACAUCACAUUGGUAUUUUGAAAUUGACCGUGGUGGGAGAUUUACACCAUGGAAUCCAUAAACGCUAUAAACCAGUCUUGGGUUUUGGUUUUCGAGUCUGGUUGUUGAAAGCUCACCAGCACUCCAUGGAGGAGACAGAAUAGCCGUUAGCCCUUCUCUACCCCUGAGCUGUGCUAGUGGAGGU